GGCUCGGCGCCCAGCCCGCCUCCUGCGGGUGCCGGCUCCGUCGAGCUUAGGAGAUGCUGCGGCCGCCGCCGUGUCGGUGGUGCACGACGCUCCAGAGUCCGCCCGCUCCGCCGCCGCCUCGUGCCCCCCGAGCCGAGCCAUGCUGCGGGGAGCCGCGCUGCGAGCCUGGCUGCUGGCGGCGCUCCUGGCGGGGUCCCGGGCCGCGAGCGGACGCCUGCUGAGCGGGCAACGGGUCUGCCGGGGAGGAACCCAGAGGCCUUGUUAUAAAGUCGUCUACUUCCAUGAUGCUUCUAGAAGAAUGAACUUUGAGGAAGCCAGAGAUGCCUGCAGGAGGGAUGGAGGCCAGCUAGUCAGCAUGGAGUCUGAAGAUGAACAGCGACUGAUAGAAAAGUUCAUUGAAAACCUCUUGGCAUCUGAUGGUGAUUUCUGGAUUGGGCUCAGAAGACAUGAGGAGAAACAAAACAAUAGCACAGCCUGUCAGGAUCUUUAUGCUUGGACUGAUGGCAGUACAUCAGCAUUCAGGAACUGGUAUGUGGAUGAGCCUUCCUGCGGCAGCGAGGUCUGCGUGGUCAUGUACCAUCAGCCAUCGGCACCCGCUGGCAUCGGGGGCCCCUACAUGUUCCAGUGGAAUGACGACCACUGCAACAUGAAGAACAAUUUCAUUUGCAAAUAUUCUGAUGAGAAACCAACAGCUCCUUCUACAAGGCCUGUAGGAAUAGAGCCAGCAACACCUACAUUUUCAGAAGACAUACAGAAAGAAGAGGACAAAGAAACAUUUCAAGAAAAUAAAGAUGUUGCCUUGAAUCUUGCCUACGUCCUAAUUCCCAGUAUCCCUCUUUUCCUCCUGCUUGUGGUCACCAUAUUUGUAUGUUGGAUAUGGAUCUGUAGAAGGAGGAGAAGGGAGGAGUCAGGCACCAACACGAAGGAGCCGCAUACCAUCUGGCCGUCCCCGCACUCCGAGAACAGCCCUGACCUAGAGGUUUACAGUGUCAUACGAAAACAAAGCGAAGCGGAUUUAGCUGAGACCCGGCCAGACCUGAAGAACAUUUCAUUCCGAGUGUGCUCAGGAGAAGCCACACCGGACGACGUGUCUUGUGACUAUGACAACAUGGCUGUGAACCCAUCGGAGAGUGGAUUCGUGACUCUGGCAAGCACGGAGAGUGGCUUUGUGACCAAUGACAUUUAUGAGUUCUCCCCAGAACGAAUAGGGAGGAGCAGGGAGUCCGGGUGGGUGGAAAAUGAAAUCUAUGGUUAUUAGGGCACAGAGAAGGAAGCUUGAACUGAUAAGAAAGGGAAAGAAAAGAGAAUUAAAAGUCUCCUAUUUUUCAGAAGGUAAAUACUCAGCGAGGGUAUGGAAAUAUCGGGAGCAGACUCGGGGGUGGGGUAAGCUUGAUCCUCGUUAGCCCCUCUUGGAUCCCCAAGUUUGGACUAUCUCCCUUAUUCCAGACACAUCCAACUUGACCUUAUGAGAAAGUGCGGUGCCCAGAGUGAAAAACAGAUGUCAGAUUAUUGGUGAUUUCUGUCUUUCCAGGGA